AUGGCCAGCCCGACCCUCCGGAAUGCCCGCACCUCGCCCGACCUGCGCACCGCCGAGCUCGAGCACCGCCCGCCGAUGAUCCCGGCCGGCGCGCAGGUGCUCGUCACCCUCGACAUCGAUGCCGCCUACUUCGUCGACCUCUCCGGCUCCACCUCGCCUGCCGCCAUCAAGGAGCGCAUCUACGCCAAGCUCGGGAUCUACGACGACGACCACGCCAGCUUCCGGAUCUCCCGCUGCCGGGCCGGCCAGCCGCUCGGCCAGCCGCUCGACGACUGGCAGCUCUGGGACAUGAGCAUGCGUGCCGCCCGGGACCACCCGCACGACUACCGCUCCUCCUCCGCCGGCAGCCGCGACUCGCCCGAUCCACAGCACCACCAUCUCCCACGCUCCCGCUGGCAGCGCAUCAGCCGCGAACAGCUCCACCACGCCCGCGACGGCUCCGCCUCCUCUGCCUCCCACCCGCCCCCCCACCCCGCACCCUCCGCCGACCUCCGCAACCCCUCCCCGGCCACCAGCCCCUUCCCCGACGACCGCCGCCCCUCCCCCCACGCCGCCAACACGCCCUUCGAGCUGCCCCUCUACCCGGCCACCCACCGCCACGCCCCCCGCCCCCAGAUCGACACCCCGGACGACUGGGUGCGCAUCCACCACCCGCCCCGGCUCUCGCCCGAAGCCACCUCGCCCACCAAGCCCCGCCCCCCGCGCCGGCCCUCGGACCCCCCUCCGAAAACCGGGCCCCCCCUCUCCUCCUCCCAGCCCCCGCUCCCCAGCCACGCAGACCCCCGGCUGGCCGACUACCAGCGCCAGCAGCAGCAGCAGCUCCGCGCAGCCAGCUCAUCCACCAUCCCCAAGAACACCACCCCGACCACCCGAAGAUUCCCUACGGCCAAGAGCAUGGAGGAGCUGCAUGGCCACCACGCCGCCGACCCGCGCAAGCGGGCCAUCCCUGGGCUCAGCCACCCUCCUCUGCCGCCGGACUCGCGGCCCACCCAGCCCCCCGGCCGGCCCAGCUACCCGCCCCAGACCUCCCCCAGCUUCCCCUUCCCCCAGCCGACGAUCACCGCGCACAUGCGCCCCGCACGCCUCGCGGGGCCCCCCGGAUACGCACCCGCCCCCGGCGCCCCCUCCUCCUCCCGCAACGUGCUCCCCGCCCCCGGAAGGCCGCCCCCGACGACGAGCACGAGCCUGUCUGCCCGGAACCCCCGGGUGUCGCUGCAGAUCUACGAAAGCAGGUAUCUCGAUCAGGCCAGGCCCCCUCCGAGGCCGCGCACCGGCGACGGCGCGUCCCCCAUGCGGCCGGCCCAGUUCCCAGACCGCCAGCUGCAGCCCGCACUCGUGCCCCAGUCCUACUUCCAGCCAGGCGCCAGCUACUCGGCCAGGCCCGGCGAGACCCUGCACGACCCCGCAGUCGCCCUCCGGCGGCGGGACCGGGACCAGUCGCGUGAAUACCGCAGCGAACUCGAGCGGGAACCUGCGAAGCGGAGACCCAAUCUGGCAUCCCCUACGAUCGGCCCGCCCCCGUCAUCGUCGCGCUUCGUCCGGAUCGAAGACCAGCCCGAAGGACUCCUCCGGUCGCCGCUCACCGGUCCGCUCGAGCGGUCCAGUCGCCGGCCCGCCACCGAAACCGGCCGAGCGCGCCCUUCCGACCCCUCGUCAUCCACAUCGCCCGCGCUCGGCCACCCCAUGCAGGAUGCAUAUGGAGGACUCGACUCAGAGCCGCUCAGACAGCGAAUCACCGUGGAUGGCGACGCAGAACGCUCGUCCGAACAACAGCAGCUGGAGCGUGCGCGGCCCUCGAGGAACCCCCUGUCGCUGACGAUACCGCAAGCCAGUGCCCGGCUGAGCGCGAUGGGCCGGUCGGAGCGCCGGCUGGCCAACGGCUCGCCGCGCCACUCCGACGAGACCAAAGCCUCGCGGGGGGACACCCGCGAACUCAGCCCGGAAGACCUCUCCGUCCCGCUCCAUCAGCUCACACUCGACAGCAUCCCCAUCCCGUCCUCCACGGCCUCCGAGGAAGCCCUCCGGGCCGAGCCGCGCAAGAAGCCCUCCAGAGGGCGCUCCGCUACCACCGCCUCCACCUCCACCGGCACGUUCACCAGCUUUGCAAGCUCGUCUUUCACCAACCCCUCCUCGGCUACCACCACCCCGUCCAAGAUGUUCCAGGACUUCGAGGACGACGACGACGAUGUCGUUGGCACAUUCGUCACCCCCAUGCAACCCUACUCCCAAACUGAUGAAGCAAAGGCUUCUUCCGUCGGCUCGAAGCCGAAGCUCAGUCUGCAGACCGACACUUUCGACCCCACGCAUGCGGCCGCCAAGGCGGACUUCAAGCUGCCCCUGAUAGUCAACGAAUCGGCAAGCGAGAUGGGCCCACAGACCUCGGUCGGCUCCUCCAGCUCGACCCUCAAAGGCGGCCCCUCCAACAACAACGGGGCGACUCUGCACGUCACGGGGGACAACAGGGACAGCCGACGGGUGUCGUUCACGGGCGACGACUGGGCCAUCCGGCCCCCGAUCGACGCGGUGUACGAGAACCUGGAAGACUUCUUCCCGCACCACGACCUGGACAAGCCGAUCGACAUCGGGCUCGAUCUGCCCGAGCUGCACUCGCCCUCCAGUCCUGCCGCCACGACGACGACGACGACGACAACGACGCCCAUCGUGCCCACCACGCCCGUCUCCUCGUCCGCCACGCAGAGCGCAUCUUCCAUCGCGAGACUUAAAGGACGGACACGGUCGAUCCGCGUCGUCGCCCAGGAGAAGAAAAGGCUGCUCCGCAGGUCCGAGGACAAGGCCCGCGCAGCCUCCCUCAAGCUCCCAUCCACUGACCCCUCCUCCCACGCCCCCCGCCACCCCUCCGGACUCGCCGUAGACCACGACGCUAAAGGCGCCGCCCUCCUCCGCCGCAAGUCGACCAAGCUGUGGGGCGCCAAGAUCGAGGAAGUCGUCCCCGGGAACAUGAUCUCUGUUCCGGCUAUUAAUGAGGCGACUACGGGCGACGACGUCAACAACUUUUCAUUUAAGUGGGUGAAGGGAGAACUGAUCGGGAAAGGGAGUUUCGGGCAAGUGUAUCUGGCGCUGAAUGCGACGAACGGCGAGAUGCUGGCAGUCAAGCAGGUCGAAUUACCCAAAACUCGCAGUGACCGCGAAUGCGAGCGCCAGAAGAGCGUCGUCAAUGCGCUGAAAUCUGAGAUCCAUUUGAUGCGGGACUUGGAGCAUCCGAACAUUGUCCAAUACCUCGGGUUCGAGGAGACCACGGAGUAUUUGAGCAUCUUCCUCGAGUACGUCCCCGGCGGAUCGAUCGGGAGGUGUCUCAGAAGACACGGCGCCUUCGAGCUGAACGUCAUCAAGUACUUCACGGCCCAGAUCUUGGACGGAUUGAAGUACCUGCACGGGCUGCACAUCCUGCACCGCGACUUGAAAGCGGAUAAUCUGCUGGUAGACUUCAGCGGCAACUGCAAGAUCUCCGACUUCGGCAUCUCGAAGAAGUCCGAACACGUGUACGAGGACAACACGCAGAUGUCCCUGCAGGGCUCCAUCUUUUGGAUGGCCCCCGAGGUCGUCCACAACCCUGCCAAGAAAGGCUAUUCCGCUAAAGUCGAUAUCUGGAGUCUCGGCUGCGUCGUGCUUGAGAUGUUUGCGGGCAGACGACCGUGGUCGGACGAGGAGGCGAUCCAGGCUAUGUUCAAGUUGGGCGCCGAGCGACUCCGGCCGCCGGUCCCCCCGGACGUCAAGCUGGGCCGGAUGUCGGACCACUUCCUUGCCCAAUGCUUCAUCGUGGACCCGGAGGCCCGGCCGACCGCCGACAGACUCACGGACCAUCGCUUCCUCGAGAUCGACAACCGGCCGUGGCGGUUCGAGGACUCGGAGCUCUACCGCUCGAUUCGGAUGCCCCAUUGA